AUGGCGAAUUUAAUAAAGGCCACAAUUAAAUCAGCUUUGCUUAUACAAGCUUGGUAUCGGCGGUAUAAAGCGCGUUUGGAAAUGAAAAAGCGUUGUACUUGGAAUAUAUUUCAAAAUCUUGAGUAUGCUAAAGAAAAUGAUCAAAUUGAACUUUUUAAUUUUUUUGUGGCUCUUUUAAAACACUAUCAACAUGGAUCCCCAAGCAUUAGAUCGACUUCUAUUCUAACAAAAUCGUCCUUAAUUGAUGAAAGUGAAGAUCAAAAUGUAAAACUAAGUGAAGAUCCCAAUUACGUUGGUCCACAACUAAAAUUUCCAUUAAUCGCUAAGGAUGUAAAUAAUCUUAUAGAUUUAUUUAGAAAAAAAAAGAACAAUCAAUUAGAUGCAAAAAAUGUAAAUCGUCUUCUCACUGAAGCUAUUUCGAGACUAAAAAGGCUUCCCAAUAUUAAUCAGGCUUCCACAGUGUUAUCAAAGCAGAUUACUAUUGUUGGCGAUCUUCAUGGCAAACUGGAUGAUUUGCUGGUUAUAUUAUAUAAAAAUGGGUUACCAUGUGCAGAAAAUCCUUAUGUAUUUAAUGGAGACUUCGUUGAUCGAGGCAAAAAAAGUAUGGAAGUCUUUCUAUUAUUAAUAGCAUUUUUCUUAGCAUUUCCAGGAGGUGUUUAUUUGAAUCGCGGCAAUCAUGAAGAUUCCGUAAUGAAUGGACGGUACGGUUUUACAAAAGAAGUGGUCUUAAAAUAUGGGAAUAAUGCGGAGGCUCUAUUGAAGACAAUUGAUGAAGUUUACAGUUGGCUGCCUUUAGGAACCAUAAUAAAUAAUGCAAUUUUUGUCGUACAUGGUGGAAUAUCAGAUAAAACAAAUUUAAAUACUAUUAAAAGUCUUAAUCGCGAAAAGUGGUAUCGUAACAUAUAUUAG